UUUUAUUUUUAUUUUUCUUUCCUUCUCAAAUUUCUCAGAUUCUUUGCUUUUCUUAUUUUCUUCUCUAACUCGUUUUCGAAUCCUUUCAAUCCUCUACAACAAUAAUCCCCGACGAGCUCCUUCACCGGAGAAAAGGUGACUUGACAGAGAAUCUUGUUUCUUACAAUUGUUAAGGAUGGUGUCGAAAUCUCCUUCUACAUCGUCUGAUGAAGCAAAUGUUACUGCAGAUGAAAGGUGUAGAAAAGGUAAAGUGCCCAAAAGGGUUAACAAGGCUGUUCGUGAGAGGCUUAAGCGUGAGCAUUUGAAUGAGCUUUUCAUUGAAUUAGCCGAUACACUUGAACUUAAUCAACAGAACAGUGGUAAAGCUUCCAUACUAUGUGAAGCUACUCGAUUCUUGAAGGAUGUGUUUGGUCAAAUUGAGUCCUUAAGAAAGGAGCACGCUUCGCUUCUCUCUGAAUCUAGCUAUGUAACCACAGAGAAGAAUGAGCUGAAGGAAGAAACAUCAGUGCUCGAGACCGAGAUCUCGAAACUACAGAGUGAGAUAGAAGCAAAAGUGAAUCAGUCCAAACCUGACUUGAACACCUCUCCUGCACCCGAGUACCACCAUCAUCAUUAUCAACAACAACAUCCCGAACUUGCAGCUCAGUUCCCAGGACUUCCCAUUUUCAAAGGAGCCGGCUAUCAACAAUCUGCUGCAACUCUUCCUCCUCCAGCAACAGUUCUUGUCCUUCCAAUCCAACCCGAUCCCCAGACACAAGAUAUUUCAGAGAUGACAGGGCAUGUGCAGACACAAACAUCUUUGAUGUAUAAUACCUCAAAUGUGAGUAAGCCAUGUCCAAGGUAUGCUAGUGCAGCUGACUCGUGGUCUUCUCGACUACUUGGAGAGCGGCUGAAAGCCAAUGAAUGAAGUCUUGGGCGGCUCUACAAGGAGUAGCAACACGAUUUAACUGGAAACAGAGACAAGACAACUUGUGAAGGACCGUCGUUUUGUAUUUCCUAACAUCGUCUAAUGUCCGUCCUUGUGGGUUUUGCCUUAGCCAAUUCUUGUUUUUGAUGUGGUUGUCCAUAGGAUAAAGAAGUUAUGACCUUUAUGGGUCUUUUGAGAAAAAAUAAGUAAAUUAGCUCUAACCUUUGCCAUU